GUGUAGAUCCAAAGUUCCAGUCGGUGUAAUGUUCAAGAUGGCUGAAAAACGAAAAGAAAAUAGAGCGUAAAUUUGUAACAUAUUUUUUAUUAAAGACGCAUAAAGUACAAACCGAUAAUAUUAAGCAACAAUGCAUUGUGAUAAAACCAUCUAGAAUCAGCUCUCUGCGAGACAAAUCGUCUUAAGCUUAGGUUAAGUGAAAAUGGCAAAAUUUGCUGAUUAUUUCGUAAUUUGUGGCUUAGACUUGAGUUCAGGUCUCGAACCAGACAAUAUAUCAGAAGACAACUUGCAUGUCUCUCCGUUGGAACGUUCAUACAAAGGCAAAGUUUUGGCACACUAUCCCGAAAACGUGUCUCAUAAUUCCUUUGACGCUUCUGCAGUUUGCAUGUUCUGUUUGCCCCAAGGAUUAAAAUUCCGGACUCAAAAACACUCUGUCACUCAAGCCCCAGUUUUCCACUCAUUUCUUAUAACUCGAGAAGACGGCAAGCGGUGCUACGGCUUUAGCUUGAUUUUCUACGAAGAAGUCCGUAAUAGAGACAUUUGCAACGCCAUGCAAACGCUUCAAGCUAUGUACAUCACGGAAUUAUCAAGUGGAUUAAAAGUCAAAGCGAUCCAAAACACACCUCAAUCCCGAUCUCUACCACGUCAUUUCAAACUCAGUACACAUAAUCCCAGUGGUGCAGCUCUCACCUAUUACGAUAUUUCUAAAGACAAGCUUUUUGUAUCAAAAAGUAUCAGUCUGAUAUGCCAGACAGCUUACGUACAAGCUGCUAAAAUUUUUCUCGAGAAUUUAUUCCGUUGUGUGCCGAAACGUGCGGUAUCUUCGGCAGGUUUAAGCCUUGAAAGUUACGUAUUUAAUUUAAUUUAUGAAGUACAAUUGCCGGCACCCGGAAAAAGUCUUUUAAUCUCAUUGCCUCCAAGUGACCCACAUUUACCUCCAGUUAACGCAGUUUUACAAAGUCCAGCUCCUCCACUUGAACUGCCCCAUCUCGAUUAUUCUCUAAGAUUGUUGUUUAUUUGGCUUGGAGUUGAUAUCGUUAUACAAAUCUUCACUUGUCUCCUAUUGGAAAAUCAAGUCUUGUUACGUAGCACCGAUUGCCAACGUUUAAUGGUAGUGGCUGAAGGUAUCACUUCGUUGUUAUUUCCUUUCACAUGGCCACAUGUUUACGUUCCUAUACUACCUGCCUCCUUGCACCAUUUUUUGGAUGCUCCUGUUCCAUUUGUAAUGGGGCUUUACGCCUCUUCUGAAAACAUCAAGGUGGCGUCGGAAGCAACUCUGUGUUACGUUGAUAUUGAUAAGUGUAAAGUACAAAGACCGGAGGAAAGUGCAACAUUUCCCCAUUUGGAAGCUUUCACCGACGAAAUAUGGGCAGCUUUGGACAAAUAUGGAGUCCAUGUUCCUAAUUCUGAGAAUAGUCGUAGUCAGGAAAUCAUGUCGCGGAGUUGUACCCUGCCGGGGCGCCCCCAAAAUCGGCGCAAACUCUCAAUUCAUGACACUCUCGAUGGGGACAGACCCCCAUCUCCCCCAGGUUCAGCUCGAUCUGAGGCUUUACAACGAAUCGCUGAUAUAGUUAGAAGAACAGGCGUGGCCUUGGACCAGAACGAAGCCACUCAACCUACAGAUUCCUACAUUGAGGAUUUACGUUUUAAUAAUUCAAUUCGAGAGAUUUUCCUCAAUCGUUUCGUUCACAUUUUCCAAUCGUACGAAAAUUUCGUUAUAUUUCCCAAUCAGGAUAAGGACGAUUGGUUCAAUAAUCGUGAUUCAAUGCAAAAUUUCGAUAAGGCGUCUUUUUUGUCCGAUCAACCGGAACAACAUCGCCACUUUCUGUGGAGGUUUCUCGAAUCGCAAAUGUUUGCCACACUUAUCGAUAAUAAAAUUUUAUCCACAUGGGGCGAGCUUGAUAAUAAUUUAAUAAUUUUCGAUAAUCGAAUUAAAUUAUUGAAACAACGCUACGGUGGUGAGAAUUUAAUCAGGUCUUUGUGUUACGAACCGUGUACGAGUGCACACGAUACACAGAAACUUCUAGAACGAAGAUUGACGAAUCCAGAUUUUGAAGCUCCACCACCAAGAGAAAUAAUGAACGUCAAGUCAAAUCCAAGUCGGUAUUUUCCCCUUUUGGAUAAGGAAGUUUUAAACAAGACACCUGUCGUUAAUAAAGGAAGUAUACCUAGAGCGAGUGCACUGCGUAAAGGUUUGUCAUUUACGCGUAAUUUACCUGCUGAGAAAACGAAAAAUCAUCAAGACAUGUCGCCGGCUUUAAUAGCACAAGCAAAUUGGACAUUUGUCGAAAAAUUACUCAAAGAUUGUAAAGCCAAAACUAAAAGAAUGCUAUUGGCAAAGUUGGGAGCCGAAGGUGUAACACUUUCAAGUAACAAUGCUGCUGAUAAUUUCGGAGCAGUUGAAGAAAAUACUUUGGUGGCUUCAUUGUGUGAGUUUUUGGAACGAGUUUGGUCGCAUGGACUUCAGCGGAAAAAGGGCAAAUCGGCUUUGUGGUCACACUUGACCAUAUAUCAGGAGACACAACACCAAAACAGGAAUAAAUAUCUGAGUGAGAGUAGAAACAUUAAGGGGGAUUUACCAACACUUCCCGAUUCGCUUUUAUUUGAUAUCGCGAACGUGCAAGCGAUGACCGACGUGAAAACCGGUAUCGGAAUGGCCAAAGCCUGGGUGCGUUUAGCCCUCGAGAAAAAACAACUAUCAAAACACCUCCGCACCCUCCUUUCGGACCAAACCAUCUUGCGCAGUCUUUACAAACGUUCGGCUUUUCUCCGUUGUGAAGAAGAAAAAGAACAAUUCCUCUACCAUCUCUUAUCACUAAACGCCGUCGAUUAUUUCUGUUUUACCAGUACAUAUGCCACCACUGUGAUACCCUACCGCAUUGUGAUAAUUCCAAACAAAAAGGGUUCAACCACCUCGGCAAAUGCCUGGGUUGUACUCUCGGGUACUCUUUCGGAAACUCGGCGCAUUCCUGUACCUAAAUCAAACAAUUUUGAAUACAAACAUCACAAUUUGGGCGUAUUGACAACACUGAGGAUAGGACAUGACAAUUCGGGGUUGUACGCAAAAUGGAUGAUUGACUAUGUUUUAGUACGAAACGAAAUCACGGGUCACACUUACAAAUUUCCUUGUGGAAGAUGGUUAGGUCGAGGAGUUGAUGAUGGAUCAACUGAACGACUUUUGGUGGGUAAUUUAAUGGCGUUGAAAGUCGAAGGCGAAGAAACGAACCAGAGUGGAAGUAUGGGACGAACACCUCCAAGGUGUCCGUCCCCAGCGGGACUUCCCCGAACCGAAUUAAAACAAUCACAAAUUCAGCACAUGUUAGGUGACUGUGUUAAUAAUAUCGUCAAAUGGCACUAUAGGAGAAACUCUGAGCGAAAUACAACAUUGACGGCUCUAUUAUGUGGCGAAAAUGGUUUGGUCCAUUGUUUGGAAAAUGUUUUUUUCAUGGGGUUCAAGUCGGCGAGAUUAUUCGUUGGGAAAAAUCAUCUCUGGGAUUAUUUCGUACGUGUAAAGGAACAAUUUGAGUCAGAUUUACUAGAGGAAAGUUCAGGUAAUCGAACGGCGAGUUUAGAACGUAAUCAUCAAGAGACCGUCGCUGUUUGGAGAUGCUAUUGUCAUUUAAUUGACGAAAUUAUGUGUACGAGUAAAGCGUUGGGGAAAGACGGAAAAUUUCAGUUGUUUAUUUGUCUGAGUGUCAGGGAGCACUUGCUGCAUCGGAUGUUGGGACCAAUGGCGUUAUGUAAAGUGACACAAGAAAUGUAUGAAGAAAGUUCGUUUUUGAGAAAUCGUGGUUUAUUAACGUUUCUCAGACAAAUUUUAUUGCCAUUGGACGAACUUGAUGUUGUUCUUGAAAAUUCAGUAACUCAUGGAAUUUCAUCACCUUCAUCUCAUGUCUAAUUUUUUUUGUCUAGUCCUUUUUUUUACCACCGUUGAUAUUAUGUUAAUUUUCCAGAGUGAUAUUGUAUAUAUUUUUCUAAGUUUGUAUAUAUUGUUUAAAGUGGCCUAAAUCAUUUACAAAGAACAAGUUUAAUUCCUAUAACCUUGCCAAAGUUAAAUCUAGUAAGCAGAAUUUAUUUUUAUUUUACAUAAUUUGCAUAUCAGUAAUUUUACGUGACUGGGGCAGCUGUCUUCCUUUUCUUUUUUUGUUGGUCUCAGUGUUUGAGAAAUUAAAUUUUGUGAGUUCAUUGUUAUGUGAUAUUGUAAGAAAAUUGUGAAAUUAUUUUGAUGUUGACACAAUUCUUUGUGUGUAGGAUUUGGAAGCCAAAGUAGUUUUGCAACUUAUAGACUCGUAAAAAGAUCCGUUAGAUGAGAUUGUAAUUAAUUGAAAAGUUGUAAUAAUAAAUUCCAUGUAAACUU